UCUCCUCCCACGGGCAGUCCUGACCCGGUUGUUUGGCAACAAGAAUAACCCGCUUGUAUACCCGCCGCGGUUAAGCCGAUAUUGAUUUGGAUUUCUGGGAAAACAAACACAGCGCUUUUAAACUGAGCGAAAACUAAACGCGGGUCCCUUUUCUUUCUGUCGGCGCUCAGGGGCCAAAAUGAGGGUCGGAGUAAGCUGCUGUCCGCUAAUCUUCUGCCUGGCACUGGCCUCGGUGCUCGGGCUGGGCGAAGACCUUGACCGGCCUUUGUUCGGGUCUCCCGGUUCACCUAUCCGGCUCCACGAGUCCGACCCAGACCUGAAGAAGAUGUUGCUUUUCGCCGAGGAACGAUACAACCGGGGCUCCAACGCCAUGCACCUCCGCAGAGUCAGUCGGUUCGUCUCUGCCACCAAACAGCUGGUGAAGGGAAUCCGCUACAACAUGACGCUGGAAUUGAGCAACACCCAGUGUAAGAAAUCCACCAUGCUCAAGACAUGUGACUUCUAUCCAGAGACUCAAAAACUCAAGACUGAGGUGUGUGUGUUUGAAGUUUGGGACAUUCCCUGGCAGGCCACUACCACCCUCCUCAAACAAAAGUGCCAGCCUAAAGUCAGUCCAGCCUUAGCAGAGACCAACAAGGUGGAGGCAUUGUCCCCCAUCCAGCCAGUAGAGGAGUCUGUGGAGCUGUUGGGCCAGUUUAAAGAGUUCACGGUUAAAUACAAUAAGGUCUACAGCAGCCAGGAGGAGGCUGCCAGACGUCUACGGAUCUUCCGCGAGAACCUGAAAAUGGCUGAGAAGCUCCAGUCCUUGGAUCAAGGUUCAGCUGAGUACGGAGUCACCAAGUUCAGUGACCUAAAUGAGGAGGAGUUUCGUUCCACAUACCUGAACCCGCUUCUGAGUCAGUGGACUCUCCAUCGUCCGAUAAAACCGGCCCCCCCCACCAAAGGCCCUGCCCCUGACAGCUGGGACUGGAGAGAUCAUGGAGCUGUCAGUCCUGUGAAGAACCAGGGCAUGUGUGGAUCUUGUUGGGCAUUUUCUGUCACAGGAAACAUCGAGGGCCAGUGGUUCCUGAAAAAGGGAACUUUGCUGUCCCUUUCAGAGCAGGAGCUGGUGGACUGUGAUGGACUGGACCAGGCAUGCAGAGGUGGACUGCCAUCAAAUGCUUAUGAAGCUAUUGAAAAACUGGGUGGUCUGGAGACUGAAACAGAUUACUCCUACAAAGGACACAAGCAGACGUGUGAUUUCACUGACAGGAAGGUGGCUGCCUACAUCAACAGCUCGGUGGAGAUUUCCAAAGAUGAGAAGGAAAUUGCUGCUUGGUUGGCUGAGAAAGGACCAAUCUCUGUUGCUCUGAAUGCCUUUGCAAUGCAGUUCUAUAGGAAGGGUGUUAGUCACCCACUGAAGAUCUUCUGCAACCCCUGGAUGAUCGACCACGCUGUGCUGCUGGUGGGAUAUGGUGACCGAAAUGGUAUCCCAUUCUGGGCCAUCAAAAACAGCUGGGGCAAGGACUAUGGAGAGGAGGGUUACUACUACCUUUACAGGGGGUCCAAUGCAUGUGGAAUCAACAGGAUGUGCUCUUCAGCUGUGGUCAACUAAACUAUCAGUUCACAAACACAUUCAAACAUACAUCUUCAUGCUACCUGCAUUGUAGCAGCCAUCUUGCCCUACUUCAGCUCACAAAAACAAACAGCAUGAGGAUCUAAGUGAAGACACUUAAAGUUCUAAUGAUGUUCCAUUAAACCAUUUGUUGUAUUCUACCUCCAUACCUCACACAUCAUUUCACUCUACUCUGCUCUACCAGCUCUAUUGAAGUUAGCUUUGAUGUGACUGUGAAACUUAGCUGUAAAUUGAAACUUUAUAGUGUUUGCACAUUUUACUCUGCUGUUUCAGUGGAGGCAGUGUUGGUUGUAAAUUAUCUCUACUAGCAAUAACUGAGCUUGUGUUUGAGGUUUUGUGAAGAGUAGUUAGACAGUGUCUACUCAGAUUUUGUAAUUAGUAUUUGUGCUAAUGUUAUUGAUUGAGAUUUCAUAUUCCAAGGAAAGGUUUGCACAUGACUAUAACACUGCAAUGCAAUUGUAACAACUGCUAUAAAAGUGAAAAAUGACCAAUGUUCGAAUAAAACAUGGAAAUUCAA